AUGCCAGCUCCACACGGUAAAGAUCAUGUCUUAAAAGAUUUAAUUGCAAGAGACGCUUCCAAGAAGGACUCGUUAUUGGCAGAGGCUAAAACUUUAAUUGCUAAGAAUCAAUUCUGGAAUCUAACUCAACGUCAAGUUUGUGAUUUGGAAUUGAUCAUCAAUGGUGGGUUUUCUCCCUUGGAAGGGUUCUUAAAUGAAGAGGAUUAUAAUUCAGUAGUAUUAAAUUCCACUUUAUCAGACGGUACUCUUUGGACUAUCCCUAUUACCUUGGAUGUUAAUGAAAAUUGGUUGAAAAAUAAUAAAGUGACAAAGGAUGUAAAAAUUGUUCUUUUACAAAAUAAUGAAUUCCCCAUUGCUAUCAUCACAAUUGAUUCCAUUUAUAAACCAAAUAAAGCAAUUGAAGCUGAACAUGUCUUUAGAGGUGAUCCAGAACAUCCUGCAGUUCAAUAUUUAAAUAAUAUCGCGGGUGAUAAUUAUAUUGGCGGUUCUGUGGAGGCAAUUCAAUUACCUACUUAUUAUGAUUAUAAUGAAUUACGUAGAACUCCUUCAGAAUUAAGAACUCUAUUUGAGAAAAAUUCUUGGGAUCGUGUCGUAGCUUUCCAAACAAGAAAUCCAAUGCAUAGAGCUCAUAGAGAAUUGACUUUAAGAGCUGCCAAAGAUGUUAAUGCAAACAUUUUAAUUCACCCAGUGGUAGGGAUGACUAAACCAGGUGAUAUUGAUCAUCAUACUCGUGUUCGUGCUUAUAAGGAAAUUAUUGUUAAAUAUCCAGAAGAUACAGCCUUGCUAUCAUUACUACCAUUGGCAAUGAGAAUGGCUGGUGAUAGAGAAGCUGUUUGGCAUGCUAUUAUUAGACAGAAUUAUGGGGCCACUCAUUUCAUUGUGGGUAGGGAUCAUGCUGGUCCAGGUAAGAAUUCCAAAGGCGUUGAUUUCUAUGGUCCUUAUGACGCUCAAAAUUUGGUGGAAAAGUAUGCCAAAGAGGGUAAAUUAGCCAUUCAAAUGGUUCCAUUUAAAAUGGUUACUUAUUUACCGGAAACUGACUCUUAUGCACCAAUUGAUGAAAUCGACACUACAAAAGUGAAAACAUUAAACAUUUCAGGAACAGAAUUGAGAAAUAGAUUAAAAGAUGGAACUCCAAUUCCAGAAUGGUUUUCUUACCCUGAAGUUGUUAAAAUCUUAAGAACUUCAAACCCACCAAGAUCAAAACAAGGGUUUGUCAUUGUGGUAGAUGAUGAUUUGAAAAAACAACAUAAUCAAAUCGAAUUGGCUUUAUUAACCACUUUAUUACAAUUGAACUCAGAAAGAUACUAUAAGACCCUUGAACAUUCAAAUGAUGAAAAUUUGAUUUCUUUAUUACCAGACUUCGUUAAGUCUGGAACAGGUUUAAUUGUCAAGGAUUCAAAAUCCAUUAGUGAUAACCAAACUAACUUCUAUCGUUUAGGUUAUGAUGAAAAUUCUCAUAUUCAAAUCCCAACUAAACAAUCAUCGAUAGAUGAAAUUACAAGUCAAACAUUGAAAUUCUUGGAAGAAAAUGGAUUUGUUAUUGUGUAA